ACCACAGCUUACCAUUGUCGUCCUCGCAUACAGUCAUCCCAACAUCUGCGCUACUGACUUCUGUACGAUGUCACAGGACGAUCAGCAGCAGCAGCCUCAACUGUCUGCUCUGGAAUCUGAUCCUCAAGCUCACGACCAGGCUGACGGUAUCGAGGCUGUUGGUCAGAUUGUGGAGGCAUCUCGGUCCAGGCCCGAUGCUCGUACCCAACGCUACGAUCGGCAGCUCCGCCUCUGGGCUUCCUCUGGCCAGGCUUCUCUGGAGUCAGCUAACGUGCUGCUAAUAGGAGCGACCCACCUAGGCGCCCAGGUGCUCAAGAAUCUCAUCCUCCCAGGCAUCGGUUCCUUCACCGUACUCGAUGGACAGAAGGUGGGAGAAUAUGAUGUAGGCAACAACUUUUUUGUCGAUCCUGCCAGUGAGGGCCAGAGCAGAGCCGAGGAGGUGACUCGCAACCUAGCAGAGCUCAAUCCUAGUGUCAUCAGCAAAGCCAGAAUGGCUGAUCCCUCACAACUUCUGGAGCAGGACCCGAGCUGGUUCACCUCAUUCUCACUCAUCAUUGCCGCCAAUCAGCCCGUUGACGUCCUCCGCCCACUUGCAGAUCUCGUAUGGGGACAGGACCGUGGAACAUGUGUCCCUCUAAUGAGUGUAAGAGGAGCUGGGAUGGCGGGAGAGGUCAGAAUACAAAUCAAGGAGAUGGGAGUGAUCGAGACUCAUCCUGCUUCGACUGUCGAUCUACGGCUAACAUCACCUUGGCCGGAGCUAUCCGCUUACGCUUCUGCCUAUGACAUCGAGGAUCGUGAUGCCAUGGCGCACAGUCACAUCCCCUUCGUUAUCAUCUUGCUUCGAGCUUUGGAGAAUUGGAAAUCACAGCAUGGAGGAUCUCUGCCGUCUCCGUCCUCGGAUCGAAAGCCGUUCACUGACACCAUCAAUGCCAUGCGAGACCCCUCCAAUUUGGACCUGGAGAACUUCGACGAGGCCGUUGCUGCUCUUGGGCAGAACCUAUGGCGCCCCGUCAGUGCGGGGAGGAGCAUUGCGGAAGAUAUACAAGCCCUUCUGGAUGACUCGAGGUGCGAUACAGUGACAGCAAAGUCCACCAACUUUUGGCUGCUCGUCAGAGCUCUACGAAGCUUUGUCGCUGCAACCACUACGGCCACACCCAGCGGCGGGGGAGGUCUUCUUCCGCUUGCGGGGUCUUUGCCCGACUUUAAAGCGACAUCGAGCGGCUACGUCGAGAUUCAGCGCUUGUACAAGGAGAAGGCUCGAAAGGACCUGAGCGGUCUCAAAGGUCAUCUCAGAGCGGUGCUCGAAGAGGUCGGUUUGCCGGCGAGUGCUAUCGGCGAUGAGGAAGUUGAGAGCUUUGCAAAGCAUGCUGGCUUUCUAAAGUUCGUCAAAGGGAAGAGCUUCAAAGAGAGUCUCGAGCAGCCUGCUCGGGAGACAAUUGCCAUGGCCUUUAUGGAUCCUAUCAACCCCUCGACGAUACAGCAUCAUGCAGCUUUCCUCGCAGUAGACGCCUUCUACGGCAAGCAACAUCGCUUCCCCGGCAGCAGCAAAGCCUUUUCGGACUCAAUCGUUGGCUCAUCUUCUCAUGUGCGACACUCCAGCAAUGGGAGCUCCGAGGCCGAGAGCUCAGGGGGGUCCAGGAUCCGCUCGGCUCCACCUAGAGGGUUCUCUGAGCCAGAAAAGAAGCGACAGCGGUCCAACUCGCCUUACACUACAUCUCGUGAGAGUACCGCCCAGGACGACGAUGGAGACUCGCAGAUGAAGGAGAGUGUGAAGGUCAAUGGUGGAGACGGAGAGGAAGGAACGGUUGAUUUUGCUGCCGAUGAGGAAGCUUGCUUGAAAGAGGCUCAGGCGGUCAUGAGUCAUCUAGCCAUCGAAGACGAAGAUCAGAUAGAGGCGGUCGAGGACGCCGUCAAGGAAAUGGUACGAUCUGGCCACGGUGACAUCGCAAGCACGGCUAGCUUGCUGGGAGGCGUUGCGGCUCAGGAAGCGAUCAAGAUCAUCACGAAGCAGUACAUUCCGCUAGAGGGCACAGCGGUGUACGAUGGCAUCAAGCAAGCGAUCGGUGCAUUCCGACUGUAGAUCACAACCAACGACUGUAGAUCACAACCAAAGCACAUCACAUUACAUCCUACCUAGUCUGUCCCAUCGUAAUCGUACGGGUUGCACCC